CUUAUGUUGAGAGCUCGCGAACAGAAUCGUCGGAAUAGAACACGGUGCUGAGACAGAGAGUUGUUUGGCAAACAGGUGGAAAAAUUGGCGACGAGAACGGAGACAUUAAUCUCAAACCACACAGCACUUCUCCGUUUGGAAGAAGAGUGUAUUUUAAAACGUGGAACAGUGUCGUUAGCCGGUAGAUUGAGCCCUAGCACUUUCUUGUACCUAAAUCGCGAAGUUGAGUCCCUCGACCCAGCCCGUUAGCUGUUUGGCUAGCUAGCCAGUUGGCAUUGCAUUAUUAGCUAUGUAGCUCGCUAACUAGCACAUUUUUGUCAGCCAAGGGGUUUGUUCGCGAAGCAAAUAUAUUUCGUUGUUUGCAUAUGGAAGCUGUCACGGUAUAAACUAUUCAGUUAUUAGAUUAAACCCCUCGGGACAUGCAUGAUCUGGAGAAUAGCUGUUUAUUGAAGAUUUGCUGAAGGAGAGAGAAUUCCCCUCCUAGUAGCAAGCCAUUGUGUGAUGAUGGAAAAUGCAAUGUAUGAGGACGAACCUUUGUAACUAACUUAGCUGGCUGACCAGGCAGUUGGCACCACAUAUCAAGGAUUCUGGAUGAUUAUUCGACUAGAGUCCAUUGGGGAUCAUUAUUAUCUUUUGGAGAGGUCCUGUAACUUAUCGCCGUGACAGUCGCAUUGUCUGUCCGUCUGACAGUGGACACAAUGGGGGAGACCAGUCUCAACGAAUCGAAUGUGAAGGUCGCAGUACGUGUUCGUCCUAUGAACAGGAGAGAAAAGGACCUGAACACAAAAUGUAUUGUGGAUAUGGAAGGCAACCAGACCAUCCUGCAUCCAGGCGGAGGAAACCUGGGCAAAGGAGACUCUAGGAGUCAGACCAAGACCUUCGCCUAUGACUACUGUUUCUGGUCCAUGGACGAGUCGGAAAAGGACAAGUUUGCGGGUCAGGAUGUGGUGUUCCAGUGCCUUGGGGAAAGUCUUUUACACAACGCCUUCCAGGGCUACAACGCCUGCAUCUUCGCCUACGGACAGACAGGUUCGGGAAAGUCGUACACCAUGAUGGGUUCUGUGGACUCUCCAGGUCUGAUCCCGCGGCUCUGCAGCUCUCUGUUUGACCGGACCCUGCUGGAGCAGAGGGAGGGGGAAGGCUUCACCAUAGAGGUCUCCUAUAUGGAGAUAUACAAUGAGAAGGUCCGCGACCUCCUCGACCCCAAAGGGAGCAGGCAGGCUCUUAGAGUGAGGGAGCACAAGGUGUUGGGGCCGUACGUGGACGGCUUGUCACGCCUGGCUGUGGCCAACUACAAGGACAUUGAGUCUCUGAUGUCGGAGGGGAAUAAGUCUCGUACGGUGGCUGCCACCAACAUGAACGAGGAGAGUAGCAGAUCUCACGCUGUCUUCAACAUCAUCCUCACACACACACUCAAAGACCUGCAGUCUGGGACGAGUGGUGAGAAGGUGAGUAAGCUGAGUCUGGUAGACCUGGCUGGCAGUGAGAGAGCAGCUAAGACUGGAGCUACUGGAGAGAGGAUGAAGGAGGGCAGCAACAUCAACAAGUCUCUGACUACUCUAGGCCUGGUCAUAUCUGCUCUGGCAGAACAGGGAUGUGGGAAAAACAAGACCAAAUUUGUCCCUUACAGAGACUCUGUGCUAACAUGGCUGCUAAAGGACAGCCUGGGCGGGCAGAGGACCCAGCUGACACAUGCAGAGGUAGGGGGAGAAAAGGAAGGAGGUCAGGGACCAGCUGACCAGGCAGAGGUAGGUGGGAAGGAGGGGGAAAAACUACGGGACCAGCUGACACAGGCAGAGGAAGGAGGGGGAGAAAAGGAAGGAGGGGAGAAACUACGGGACCAGCUGACACAGGCAGAGGUAGGGGGGAGAGGGGGGGGAGAAACUACGGGAAGAAAGGCAGGAAGGGAAGGAGGGGAGAAACUACGGGACCAGCUGACACAGGCAGAGUCUAUGAAGGCCCCAGAGCUGAAGGAGAGGCUGGAGGAGUCUGAAAAACUCAUCCAGGAGAUGACCGUCACCUGGGAGGAGAAACUACGCAAGACGGAAGAGAUCGCACAGGAGCGUCAGAAACAGUUGGAGUCCCUGGGCAUCUCUCUCCAGUCGUCUGGCAUCAGAGUGGGAGAAGACAAGUGUUUUCUAGUCAACCUCAAUGCUGACCCCGCUCUCAACGAACUGCUAGUCUACUACCUGAAGGAGCACACUAAGGUUGGUUCAGCAGACUCCCAGGACAUUCAGCUGUGUGGGAUGGGUAUUCAGGCUGCACACUGCAUCAUAGACAUCACAGCUGACCAACGGGUGGUCCUCACUCCUCACAAAAACUCAAGAACGUGUGUGAAUGGGUCUCCUUGCACCAGCCCUCAGCAGCUCCACCAUGGAGACCGCAUCCUGUGGGGAAACAACCACUUCUUCAGGAUCAACUUGCCUAAGUGGCGGUCGCGGGGUGGUGGUGAGGAAGAGGAGGGUGAGGGGGGCCUGAUGAAGAACAGUAGCAGUAGUGAACAGCUGGAGGGCGACGGAGACACCAACAGUGAGGUUUCCUCCGAGGUCUCCUUCUCCUACGAGUUCGCCCAGACAGAGGUCAUGAUGAAGGCCCUGGGCAACAACGACCCCAUGCAGGCAGUGCUCCAGUCCCUAGAGAGGCAGCACGAGGAGGAGAAGCGCUCGGCGCUGGAGAGACAAAGGCUGAUGUACGAACAGGAGCUGCAACAGCUGAGACGACGGCUGCACCCGGACAGACCGUCUGUAGGACAGACAGGCAUGGCACCCAGCCAAUCACAGGGCCAGGCUGACAGGCCGGGACAGCCCCACUACCGCAGCCUGGAGAGACUCAGCAUGUCCAACUCACCCAGCGCACAGAGCAGGCUGAAGCAGUGGAGCGAGGAGAGAGAGGCGGUGUUGACCCGGAGCCUGCGUAAGCUGAGGGAGCAGAUAGUGAGAGCUAACCUGCUGGUGCAGGAAGCUGGCUUCAUAGCAGAGGAGCUGGACAAACGCACCGAGUACAGAGUCACCUUGCAGAUACCUGCUGCUAACCUCAAUGCCAACCGCAAGCGUGAUGCAGUGCUCAGUGAGCCUGCGGUGCAGGUGAGGCGUAAGGGGAAAGGGAAGCAGAUCUGGGCUCUGGAGAAGAUGGAGAACAGACUGGUGGACAUGAGAGAACUGUACCAGGAAUGGAAGGAGUACGACGAUGACAACCCAGUGAUGCGUUCCUACUUUAAGCGUGCCGACCCGUUCUUUGAUGAGCAGGAGAACCACAGCCUGAUCGGCGUAGCCAAUGUCUUCCUGUCCUGUCUGUUCUAUGACGUCAAGCUGCAAUACGCAGUACCCAUCAUCAACCAGAAGGGGGAGGUGGUUGGGAGGUUACACGUGGAGGUGGUGAGAGUGGCGGGGGGGUUUGAGGACAGCAUGGCUGGCGGAGAGGACAAUGAGACCAGCCCCGACGGAGAGGUGCAGGAGAGGAAACUGGUCUGCAUGAUCAAGAUUCUUCAGGCAACAGGUCUCCCCCAGUACCUUUCCAACUUUGUCUUCUGCCAAUACUCGUUCUGGGACCAGGCGGAGCCCGUAAUCGUGGCCCCAGAGGUGGACCCCUCUGCCUCGUCCCCAAGCAGCAAGGACGCUCACUGCAUGGUGGUCUUUGACAGCUGCAAGGAGAUGGGUGUGUCAGUAACAGAGGAGUUUAUAGAGUAUCUGACAGAGGGGGCAGUGGCCAUGGAGGUGUAUGGACACAGACAGGCCGCUGCCGGACAGGCUGACUCCGGGAGGAACCCUGCUUUCUGGGACCUCAGCAUUAUACAAGCCAAGACACGCACACUACGGGACAGGUGGAGUGAGGUAACACGUCGUCUGGAGAUGUGGAUCCAGGUGUUGGAGAUCAACGAGAACGGAGACUUCAUGCCUGUGGAGGUCAUACCUGCCAAAGACGUACGCACAGGAGGUAUAUUCCAACUGCGACAGGGCCAGUCCAGACGUCUGCAGGUGGAGGUGAAGUCUGUGCAGGACAGUGGGACGAUGCCGCUGAUAGCGGAGGUGCUGCUGGCCGUGUCUGUGGGCUGUGUGGAGAUCAGACAGACACGGCAGGCCAAGGCCAACAACGAACCCGUACAGAUGGAGGGGGAUGAGAUGGACAGCUAUCAGGAGCGUGAUCUGGAGCGUCUGCGUCAUCAGUGGCUGACAGCUCUCACCAAGAGACAGGAGUACCUGGACCAACACCUUCAGACCCUGGUCAGCAAGCCAGAGAAGACAGAGGAUGACGUGGAGAGGGAGGCCCAGCUGUUGGAAUGGCGCCUGACACUGACCGAGGAGAGGAACGCUGUCAUGGUGCCUUCAGCUGGGAGCGGCAUCCCUGGAGCUCCUGCAGAGUGGGUCCCCCUACCUGGAAUGGAGGCCCAUACCCCUGUUCUUUUCCUGGACCUCAGUGCGGAUGACUUCAGUUCCCAGGAUGCUUUGGAGGUCCCGGAGGCUGGGGGUUGGGAUGCCACUCUGAGCGGAGAGGACGAGGAAGAAUUCUUCGACCUGCAGAUCGUCAAACAUUAUGAUGAAGAGGUAAAAGCUGAGGCAUCGUGGGACUCCACAGUGCACCAGUGUCCCCAGCUGAGCCGCGGUGGAGCGUGCCCGGAGCAGAGGGUUUAUCUGACGGUGCGCUGCGUGGUGCAGCUCAGCCAUCCGGCAGACAUGCAGCUGGUGCUGAGGAAACGGAUCUGUGUCAACCUGAACCCCGGCAGACAGGGCUUUGCUCAGAACCUCUUCAAGAGGAUGUCCACGCGCUCCACCAUCCCCGGCUGUGGGGUCACCUUCGAGGUGGUCUCCAACAUUCCCGGGGAUGCCCAGGGUUCAGAGGACAGGGAGAUGUUGGCUCGUCUAGCCGCCAGCACUGAGAACCCCAAGUCGGCCGACAACGAGGCGGCCAUAGAGAAAUACCUCCGCAGUGUCCUGGCUGUGGAGAACAUCCUCACUCUGGACCGACUACGACAGGAAGUGGCGGUGAAGGAGCACCUGGCAGGCAAAGGGAAGGGUAACAGACGCAGUCUCAGCUCCCCCAGUGUCCACAGGCUCUCUGGCAGCAGACAGGACCUGUCCUCUGACUGCAAUCUGGACGACAACAAGACUCGCUGGGAUAGCCAGCAGGACAUCUUCAUGACCUCGCCCCAGCCUCGCCUCUCCUCCUCUCCCCCUACUACUCCCCCACAGAACCAGAGCCAGGACCCAGAGCAAGGUCGUUCAGGGCUUGCUGCCUCUUAUCUUUCAGUCAAAGCCCUGGUGCCGCAGAUGCCCAAGCUGCUCAAGUCCCUGUUUCCUGCCCGCGAGGACAAGAAGGAGCCCCUACGCCCCUCACCCCACUCUCUACAGCACAUGCCUCGUGUCAUCAUGCAGACGACGGGGCCUGAAGACAGCAGGAUCCGGAUAGAAUCGGUUGCUAAGGUAGGGAGGACCGCCUUCAUCCCGGCCUUGACCAAUGACAGGUGGUCAGAGUCCACCGAAGCCCCUCUUCCUGUUCCGUCCUCCCAGCAUGACUAUCCCCUCAGCCCCAUCAGCGAGGCCUCCAGCGGCUACUUCUCCACUAGUGUUUCCAUGGCAACCCUGACCGAGGCUUCAGCCAGCGCCGCUGGUGACCACCCUGCCACCCCCCUCCGCCCCUCCUCCUCCCUCACCCUCCUAGAUGCAGGGGUGGGACUAAAGGGGAUUGAUGCUCCUGAAACUACGUUACCCAGAACCCAGCAGCAGCAGCGAGCUGAACGGAACGGUGUUACUGCUGCCUCUCCUCAGUACGACAACAAAAUGGCCACCACAGGUCCCGGCUACAGCAUCACCACAGCCAACAAGCCCUUCUCCGUACAGAGGGUGUCGACGUCGGACCUGAAAUCGUUCCAGCAGCGCAUCCUGGGGGAGGAAGUGGAGGCGAGAGGAGGAGGAAGACAAGGGAGUCUAGAGAGACUGGAAAUCGUCCUGGACGACGAGGAUGGCGGCUGCGACUACGUGCUACCUGAUUGGCUGAGAGAGGGGGUGUGCGUGACGGUGGGAGCCAAUAAGGACGGGACAGUGCGCUACGUGGGCAACACUGAGUUCGCCGAGGGCGUGUGGGUCGGGGUGGAGCUUGACUCGCCCUCAGGUAAGAACGACGGUUCCGUAGGCGGGCACCACUACUUCCGCUGUAACCCUGGUUACGGUGUCCUGGUGCGUCCCGGCCGGGUUCUCCGACGGGAGCAUUCUACCAAACGGAACCCGGAGAACCGGCGCAGCGGCGAGUUCUACCAGCCCGUUCUGCGGGGAGAGUCCACUAUCAGGAGAGGGGAGAACCGCAAGUCCUGGAGCAGCUGAACUGAAGAGAAACAGGCUUGGCUGGGAGAGACCAUUAUUCUACACAUCCUAGAAAACUAGAAAACCCACACAUCCUGUUUCUAAGCCUCCGUCUCGCUUAGCACCCUCUCUCUCAAUCUGCCCCUAACUAUGCAAUACAACUGCAUCUAAUGGAAAACGGUCCCUGUCCUAUGCCCACCCAUAGCUAUGGAGCAGUACCUUAGUGCUCUGUGUUAGAUCUGUCUGGGUUCAUUUCAAUAGGGAAGACCUUUACCCAACAGGCCCCUGCUGUCUCCUCAUCUGGACACAGCACUGGUGGCAUGGAUUGGGCACAGGCCCUGAGUGGUUCCACAGCACCUGAAGUAGUCUACAGAGUGUUGCUGUCUGUAUGAAGUGGCCCACAGGAACUCUUUCUCCUCGGGCCAAGGGUCAGGUUCUGAAGUAAUGACAUCACGCUCUCUGAUGUCAUCAAACUCUGGUCACACUUGGAGAAUCCUUCUGAAAGAAUGAGACUACUAUUCCACCGGACCCUGACCUGCAACGCCCCUCUUUUUUCAAUGGAACUGUCCAUUUAUCCCCCCCCCUCUUUUUCAAUGGAACUGUCCAUUUAUCCCCCCACCCCCCUAUUUUUGAAUGGAACUGUCCCUUUUAAUUAAAUGAUAUUAUCAGUCCUUUUUGUGGACUGACAUUUUAACAGUUACUGUAUCUAUCCCCUGUGUAAAGUCAUUCAUCUGAAAUGAUCGAUUCUUCCAGAAUGUGCCUUCAUGGGUUUAUUUUUCUUUGUUAUAUUUCUUAGUGGUUUUAUUCAAUAUGCGUUUGUCCCUCUGUUGAGCUUUGAUGAGAAUGCCUUGUGUAAGUGAGAGGUGAUCUCAGGGACUGCAGAGUGGACAUGGAUGUACCUGUGAGAAGAUUUGUGUGUUUGUGUGUGUGUGCCUGUGUUUUGGCCCUUGAAGCUGAAUUUAACCAUGGCAAUUUACAGUAUAGGCUGGGAGAACAAUUAUCCCUGUGCAUAUGUGUAUAUGCACAUCUGUGUGUGUGCAUGUUUCCGGCUGAUCUGAAAGAUGAAGCACCGUCGUUAUGACGACGUGGUUUGUGCGAAAGUAAUAGCCGUUGGUUUUCAAUUGUAAGUUGAAGGAUGGUUCCACUAUGAGAAGCCCAGGGAGCAAAAUUGGUUGAAAUUGCUUUUCUCAAUGUCCUUUUAACAUCAAGUGCUCACUGGGAGAUUUUGCACGUUGGAGGUUAGUUUGGUGACUGACUGUGGUGAUGUGUGUUAGCAGAAUGGUUGUCUUUGGUUCUAGAACUGUUUGAGGAAGUAGCAGUGCGAUGUAUGGUGUAUGGUCUGCAUGUAACUGUGUGUUAACAUUGUGGAGCUUUAUGUAACAUGUGGAUGUUGGAUGGAAGGUAGGAUCUGGUAUGUUUUAUACUUCUCAUUGAUUUGUGUUUGGGGGAUAACGAUCUCUAUGCAUACAUUCACCAUUUGUGUGAAGAUACAGAUCUGUAAUAGGGUCUAUCAUUUACAUACUGAGUCAAUGGCUUUGGGAGAUGAAAGAAGGUUGUGGGAGCAGUGUUUUACAAGUUAUUUCCUUUGAAACUAUGGAAUAUUAUUUAAAAUGUUAAUUGAUCCCUGAAGUUCUUACAAAAUGUAGUGAAUCUCAUUUUUAUUAGACAUUUGAAGUUAAUACUUAAAGGGGCAAUCUGCAGUUCAAACAACAACAAAGUGGUGUCCCCGCCACAGUUUUGGUAAAUAGGAAUGGGACUGGAGAAAUGUAACCAGCUCUCAAAUUAAUCAAUGGGUGUAUAUCAUUAAUUUAAACAUCCAAAAAUAGAUGUAACAACUGCAGAUUAGCUCUUUUUGAAAUUCCAUUGAAUAGAAAUGUAAACUGUGUAUUCUCACCUCGUGAGCGGAGGUACAAACUGUAACGAGAUGCAGAGUGGGUUUUAACAUUAGUCCAUCCAGCAGUCACAUGAAGGAGCGGAAAGCUAAACCCCUUCACCCCAACGCUAUGACAUUUCUUUUGACUCUUUAUCCUCUGAUUUAAGAGAAGCUUAAAUUUGCAAUGUUAUAUAUACAGUAUAUCACAAGUGAGUACACCCCUCACAUUUUUUGCAAAUAUUUGAGUAUAUCUUUUCAUGUGACAACGCUGAAGAAAUGACACUUUGCUACAAUGUAAA